CCUCUCCAUUUUUUUAUUUCCUUCUCUCUGUCAUCUUCCACUGGCACUGCAGAGAGAAAGAGAGAGAGAGAGAGAAAGUAAUGGAACUGAGCUAGAACGCCAGAGCGACCUUGAAGCUAAAGCUCCCUAGGGUUCGAUCGUCGGCUUCAUAAUCACACAACAGUUGGUUCGAACGAUGCCAUCAAAACCAGAAAAUGUAGACCAACAAGUAGCUGAUGGGGCAAAGUAUUUGCUACAAUCGACUAAAUACUCUGAGCCUUGGUGGCAUGGAGUUGGUAACAAUACCAUCAUAGGUGAAGACGCUGCCAAAACAUCUUCUGCAGAAUAUCUGAACGUUACUGUUACCAGUGGAGCAACGCAGUCACAAGCAAAUGAUGAAAAUAUUGGGAAAGAAGUCCAGCAUCUUAAGUACAUUCCCUUUUCUACAUCCCCACCCGUGGGCGAACACCUUGAUCCAAAUUCCCAGAUGGAACUGGUUGGCCAUUCAAUUGUUUUGACAUCAUAUCCUUUUUCAGAUGCACAAUAUUAUCAAAUGCUGACUUCUUAUGGACCACAAUCGACGUUACCUCAUAUUUAUGGACUUCACCAUGCUAGGAUGCCUUUACCCCUUGAAAUGGAAGAAGAGCCUGUUUAUGUAAACGCAAAGCAGUAUCAUGGUAUCCUGAGGAGAAGACAGUCGCGUGCCAAAGCUGAGCUUGAGAAGAAAGUGAUAAGAAGUAGAAAGCCAUAUCUUCAUGAAUCCAGACACCUCCAUGCUAUGAGACGAGCGAGAGGCAGUGGAGGACGUUUCCUCAAUACCAAAAAGCCCAACAAUGUUAUUUCCAAUACAAAUAGGGAAGAAGACAUCAAUUCUAGUGCAAACCAUUUAACAAAACCUGUCAGCGGGGCUGCACCAAAGUACACGGUGGCUGAUGAAAAUGAAAUCAAGGACACACUCAAUGAGGGCAGAGAGUUAAUGAAACACAAUAUGCAGAUAACACACGCUUUCUUCAACGGAAAAUCGAAUGUCCAUGGUUUAUCGACAUACAAUUCACAACUUGCCGAUGUCGAGGGAGGGCAUCUCGAUCAGCCACAUGAAAGCAUGCAGGUGAAUGGGGCUCCACAGAGGGCCAUUCCCAUCAGUUAAAAGUUUCUUGAUGGGGAAUGAGGGUUCUCCAACACUGUUUAACCAGUUUCAGUGCAGAAAACUUGAAUAUUCAGUAAGCAUGACUGUUGAUUCUUGUGAGGCUCUGUUACUGGUUGGAAGUUGAUGGAUUUGCCCUCUUUGUGCUUGGAAGAAAACCGCCUUUUGGCGGCGUUUCUCAGGCAAUUCAUUCUUGGCUUUAGUUGUUACUCUGAGGUGAGAUGGAAGAAGAUGAAGAAAUGCAGUUCACCAAAAAAUGUGGUAUAUUCACUGCCUAUUUCUAUCUUCUUCAAUUUACCUCUACUAUUACUACGUAUGUAUUUAUGAUCUUGAAUGUGUCUCAGAAAAACAAAAGAUUUUAAGUGUGCAGACUUUUAUAACUUAAUUUAGGUGCAAUUGGGUGCUGUAUCUUUUCAACUUUGUGUGAAUGUUUCGGGUGAUAAAUAUUUCAUGUUUGGUGGACUUGAAGCCAUUAAAGAUGAAA